GUCUGUGGGCGCACUAUGUUUAACCUUGUAAUGUAACUGAAACAUACACGGACAUACAGUAAAGAUGUAUACCCUGUUGCAGUUGUCGUUAUGGCAAAGGAGAUGUUUACGACGCUUCUGUGUGGUGAGACGGACUUUUUCCGGUAGAGUCGAAUGGAGCGCAUCGCUCUCCCCUAGUUUGCAGCAGCAGCAGCAGCAGCACGUCUCAACCUCAGCAGCCACGUCUCUGCGAUGGACAGCACUCUGUCUCAGGUCUGAAAAGAACGGGAUCUUUAACUCUAGAUGGUACCAAACGGAUCGAGGGGAAAAGGCUACAACGGUAGACAAAGAAGGACCCGUCCGGCUGGCCUUCGUUGAUCCAGACAGAGAGGAAGAGUUUGUUUUCCUCGAGCAAGACCAGUCCGAAGACCUCGGAGACUCGCUCCCAGAUCAUCUGCGCAUCACGGACACCGUGGCAACCAAAGAUAAGGCGCCGGUAAAGUCGGACUCUGAUUCCCCUCGCGGGGCCCUUGAGCAGCAAGCCCGUGCCCUCGCGGGGAUGAAAGUCAAAGAGGACGAGUCACUCAUCGAGUUUCACGACAUCGGGUUCGUGGUGGAGAAGGUCUCGAAGUCACGGCAGAAGAGACGCGAGGAGCAGAAGGUGUACGGGUCACCAGACCCAGACCAACCGGCCAGCGACACACCCUGCUCUGGCUGCGGGGCGCUCAUGCACUGCGCUGACCCCGGGAUCCCCGGUUACAUCGCCAGCGAGAAAUACGCGAGUCUGAUGGACGAGGGCACGCUCUCCAAAGCGACAUGCCAGCGUUGUUACCUGCUCACGAACCACCACAAAGCGCUAAACGUCACCAUGUCCAAGGAGGCGUACCGAGACAUCGUGCGCACGGUAAAACCGCAGAAAGCGCUGGUUCUCCUGAUCGUGGAUCUCCUGGACCUCCCCGACUCCAUCGUCCCAGACCUACCCGAGCUCGUGGGACCCAACAAAAACAUCGUGAUCCUGGGGAACAAAGUGGACCUGCUCCCGGGUGAUUCGCAGAACUACUUAUCUCGGAUCAAGAAGCGGCUGAAGCAGUAUUGCGCAGAAGCGGGGAUCCCCGCUGGAGACGUGACAGACGUUCACCUGAUCAGCGCAAAGACAGGCUACGGCAUCGAGAAGCUCGUGUCCCGACUGCAGCUGCUGUGGCGCUACAAGGGGGACGUGUACCUCGUGGGCACCGCCAACGCCGGGAAGUCCACGCUCUUCAACACGCUCCUGGAGUCCGACUACUGCAAGUCUCGCGCUUCUGACGCCAUUCGCAAGGCCACUAUCUCCCCAUGGCCUGGCACUACUCUGAACCUGCUGAAGUUCCCCAUUAUUAACCCAACUGCGCACCGUGUGGAGCGGCGUCAGGAGAGGCUGCGGGCGACGUCUGUCCAGACCCUGGAUGAGCUGGAGCCUGAGGAACAGCGCCGGCUCAAACAGCUCCGAAGACGCGGCUACCUCGUGGGACGUGUGGGCAGGACGUUCCGCUUGGAACCACAUAAGCAGAGGGAGUUGGAGUUGACCUUUGACCCUGACCAGGAGAGCUAUGGGCCAGAGGAGGAGGAGGAGCUAAAGGGCAGCCGAGCCAAUCAGAAGGCUGCUCCUGUGGAACUGAGCUACAAUGAGAUCAAAGACGCCCACUGGUUCUAUGACACGCCCGGCAUCAUGAAGGACAAAGACAUCCUGAGCGUGCUGUCGGAACAGGAAGUGAAGCACGUGGUCCCCACAGAGGCCAUCACGCCGCGCACCUUCAUCCUGCCCCCAGCCGCCUCCCUCUUCCUCGGGGGGCUGGCGCGCAUCGACUACCUGGAGGGGACUCACUCGUGCUGGUUCUCAGUACUGGCGUCUUCCAGAGUUCCUGUUCACGUGACCGCUCUGGAGAAAGCAGACGGAAUCUACCAGAAGCACGCCGGCAGGGAUCUACUCAAGGUCCCUAUGGGAGGGGAGGAGCGUAUGAGGGAUUUCCCGCCUCUUGUGCCCCAGGAUUUUGAGCUGAUUGGUGAAGGUCCUAACACUGCUGUCUGUGACAUCACACUGUCAUCAGCAGGGUGGGUGGCGGUGACAGGGCAGGAGGGUGACCGUCUCCGCUUGCGAUGUCACGCCCCAGAGGCUGCUGGGAUGCAUCUGCGCGCGCCACCGCUGCUGCCGCACAUCGCCAUGGUAAGGGGACAGCGCAUCAACAAGUCGCCGGCGUACAAACCUCGUCGUCCACCCACACAGCUGGACAGCAGUCUCGCCCAACGCAAGGCCAAGAAGACCAAGAAGGCCUAGAGCUGAGGAGCUGUGUGUGUGUGUGUGAGAGAGAGUGAGAAAGUAUGGUCUGUUUUAGGCGGAGGGCUUAUUGUGUGUGUGUGUAUGUGUGUGUGUGUAACCUCUAAAUCACUUAGUGUAUUAUUCACUAAUGUGAAUGUUUAUAUUUAUACUGUAAAUAAAUGUUUAUCCUUUGUUGUGA